AUGUCGGCGGUCAAAACCACCAUCAAGACGGACAUUUGCUCCUUCUCGGAGUACCGUAUCUACCCUGGCCGUGGGCAGCGCUUUGUGGCGAAGGACGGCAAGGUCCACACCUUCAUCCACCGCAAGGAGGCCAGCCUGUUCCGACAGAAAAUCAAGCCGGUGAAGCUCCACUGGAGUCUUGUGUGGAGACGCAUGAACAAGAAGGGAGGAAAGGACGCCGUCUCUAAGCGCCGCAACAGAAAGUCCGCCAAGACGGUCCAGAAGGCUAUCGUCGGUCUGUCUCUGGAAGACAUCAAGCGCACUCGCGCUCAGAAGCCGGAGACCAAGGCGAAGACCACCACCGCCGUGAAGGACGCCAAGGAGAAGAAGAAGUCGAAGGCGGGCGGCGCUCGCCCUCAGACCGGACCGGCCCAGAAGGUGCAGAUCCCGAAGCAGCAGAAGCAAACCAUGCGGGGACGCAAAUAG